AUGCGAACCUGGAGUGCACUCGCGCUCGUCCUCGCGCUCGUCGCGCGCGCGACGGGCGAUGCCGCGGCGGACACCCCCGCGCGCCGCGCCGAGGCGUUCUUCCAGUCGUCGUCGUCGUCUCCAGCGGGCGGAUCGAAUCACACCAGCAACUGGGCGGUGCUGGUCGACGCGAGCAGGUACUGGUUCAACUACCGGCACAUAGCCAACACCCUGUCGCUCUACCGCACCGUCAAGCGCCUCGGCAUCCCCGACAGUAACAUCAUCCUCAUGCUCGCCGACGACGUCUCGUGCUCCCCGCGGAACUCGUUCCCGGCGUCGGUGUUCGGCAACGCGAACCACCUCGCCAACCUCUACGGCGACAACAUCGAGGUCGACUACCGCGGGUACGAGGUCACGCCCGAGAACCUCCUGCGCGUCCUCACCGACAGGCACGCGCCGGGCACCCCGCGGUCCAAGAGGCUCCUCACCGACGCGGGGAGCAACCUGUUCCUGUACAUCACCGGCCACGGCGGCGACGAGUUCAUGAAGUUUCAAGAUCAAACCGAGAUCAUGUCCAAGGACAUCGCCGACGCUCUGGAACAGAUGCGCGAGAAGCGCCGAUACAACGAGGUUCUGUUCAUAGCGGAGACAUGUCAGGCGGCCACGUUGGCCGCGCGGUUCUACUCCCCCGGCGUGCUCGCCAUAGGGUCCAGCGAGAAGGGCGAGAACUCCUACUCGCAUCACCUGGACCGAUCCAUCGGCCUCAGCGUCAUCGACAGGUUCACGUACUGGACCCUCGAGUUCAUGGAGAGCGUCACCCCGCACGCGGGCGCGACGCUCGCGCAGUGGUUCUCGCAGCUGACCAAUCACAGGCUGCACAGCACCGCGAAACCGCGGCUUGAGCUUUUCCCGCGGGGCGCGCACGACGCCAGGGUCACGGACUUCCUCGGGCACGUCUCCAAGGCGGCGCCGAUGGCGGGUGGCGGGUACGAGGGCUUGUCAUCAUCGAGGGGCGGUCGGGUACGUACAGAGUCGGCGGACGCGGGCGACGACGCGGCGACGCGCGGUGGCGACGGUCGCGGCGACGGCACCGGCGGGGGAGCGGCGGCGGCGGCGGCGGGGAAGAGCGGCGGCGAGGGUGCAAGGUUGAAGGUUGGCGAUGAGGACGCCGGCCGUGUCCCGAAGGCUGUGGACGGCGGGUGGGCGACGCCGGGGGCGCGAGCGCGGGGCGAGGGCGUCGCGUUCGCGGCGGUGUCGUGCGCGGCGCUCGUCGGGGCGGCGGCGUGGGUGUCGGCCAAGGCGUACUGA